AUGCCUACGUCUCAGCAAGACCCCCUUCUCUACAUUGACCGCCAGACGAAACACAUACAGCGCAGUUUACAGGUCUUGAUUGACGCCCAGAGUGACGGUCUCCUAGCAGGCCUCACAGGAACGCCUCAUACUGACUCCAUCUCCAAUCAAAGCAUCGCCCCGACUGAACUUAGUCGCUCCAAGAGCCCGUCUACCAUACCGGUCCGACAACCUGUCGCGAGGAAGAUUGGGUUACGUGAAGCACGGGAGGGGAUAUUCAAAUCGAUCUAUGAUUUGCUGAAGCUGAAAGAGGAGGAACGAGAAAUACUCAGCUUUCGACUUGACGAAAGGGUGGAUGCUCUGGAACAGAUUGACAGCUUUAGUACCAAACGAGCUGGCUUGAAGGAUGCCAUCUCGACAAUCCAUGAUAACGAGGAGAGCUACCGUUCAAAGGAGCUGCUUGAGGAGAGCCAUCAGCUUGAGACAGAGAUUCAGGAGUUGGAAACCAGGCUACUGGAAAUGAAAGCAAGGCAUCGGCGUGUGAUUCGAGAACUUGCACAAAUGGAGGAUGCCAUGGAAUCCAAAUUAUCCUCUUACAAAGCUUCUCUGUCUCUUGUGGAAUUGGACAUCGAGAAAUUCCUAAAAGACCCUCCUGUUAAGCCUGACUCGGUUACCAGCAGUCAUUCAACGUUCUACUCCCUGAAUCCUAAGCGCCGCACUCUUGAGAUGGCCCACGAACAUUGGACAACAGAGCAAGACGACUUACGGAAAAAGCAACAAGAGGUAGAUGCUGAAAUCCAGGCCCUUGAAGAAGGUGGAGGGGUUUGGAAGCAGGUAGUAGGGGAAGUCUCAGGCUUUGAGAAACGACUCAGGUCGGCCAUGCGCAGGUCGAUCCAGACACAGUCGCAACUUCUUGAAGCAGAGGGAUAUUCGAAAGCCAAUACGGAAAAUGAUCAGGUUCAAUCUAUUAUAGAAGAUUUGGAGCAUACGACCAACCGCGUGGAACAACACCUCAAUCUUGCAGAGAAGAAGGAUUGGAAGCUACUCACGUGCUGCAUUGGAGCGGAGCUCGAGGCCCUGCGUGAAGCACGGGAGAUGCUUCUCGACGCUUUUGAUACGGCUACGGAGGACAAAUCGCCCGCUCCGGAAAGAGAAUCAAAUGCACAUCGUCCUGAUGAUAGAAACGAUUCAUUGACAGAUCCUCUUGGGGUGGACAACCCCGAACCUCCAGCUGAUUUACUCAGGGAUGCGGAACACGGGUCUCCAGAACCGAAUUUCAGAUCGGAUAACGAGGAUGACGAGCCCGAUCCCGCUUGGCUACUCCCUGAAGCUUGA